AUCUAGCUCUUUGUUUGUAUCUCGCCCUCUUAAUUAUUUCACUUUCUAGUCACUUUCGUAAGUUGCAAAUCAUACUAUGGGUUUCACAAUUGCACAAGGACUCAUGCAUGUGUUGCUAAUUGCUUCCACAAUGGCAGUUAGCACAGCCAACAAGGGUUGGCAAUUUGGGAAUUGGCCUUACCAUGGCCCUUAUCACCCCAAUAAUACACAAACUUCCAACAGGAUCAUCGUGGGUGAUUCCUACCACUGGAAUUAUGGCUUUAACUACACCAAUUGGGCAAUCAAACAUGGCCCUUUCUACCUAAAUGACACUCUAGUUUUCAAAUAUGAUCCCCCAACUCCCAAAACAUUUCCUCACAGUGUUUACUUGCUACCAAACCUCCGGAGCUUCAUUAAAUGUGACCUAAAAAAUGCCAAGAAGUUGGGAAAUGUGACACAAGGAGUUGGGGAGGGCUUCGAGUUUGUGCUGAAAAGGCCAUGGCAACCUCACUACUUUGCUUGUGGUGAGCGCAAUGGCUUUCAUUGCAUGAAUGGAACCAUGAAGUUCUUUGUGAUGCCAAUAUUCCGCUGGUAUAGAUAAUUAUUAGAGAAUGUGCAUGCCAUGGGAAAUUUUACUUACUACUAUCUUUUUAUGUUUGUUGUAUUUUAGCAAAUAAUGAGAGUUUAUAUAUA